AUGUGUUAUGAGCCUGCUAUCCUUAACGAAUCCAAUGACGAAUUAGUUUCCGAAAUGAUUCGCCAACUUUCACCUUACAUCUUUAUCCAGAAAACCUCUUUUGAUUUCUUUUCUUAUGAUCAGUCAGAUUGUGAAUAUGAUUUUAUCAUUCCAAAUAUUCAAGGAAAUACCGAAUUGACUCAACUAUAUUUUAAAGUUUAUAGAUGCGAUUAUGGAAGUGGUAAUGGUUCACUACUAAGAUCUAUUGUAGUAAUUUUCCAAGAAGAAAAAGAAAUUCUAAAAAAUGAUGUUUGCUACGAGUAUGAUGGCUCACGCUCAGAAUACGUUGCAGAUAAGGAGAUGAUUAAGGUUGUUAUGGAGAGAAUUGGGUUGAGUGCAGAAAUGAUUAAUUCUAAAGCUUGUUUCGAUGAGUUUAUGAUUGCAUUGUAUUGUAAAGCAGUUGUGGGAAUAAUUCCUAUUGCUCUCUGUGAAAGAGAUUUGUUUUAUAUGGAUAGAACAAGCAGAAUAAAAGAUAUUGAAGAAUAA